CGCCUGCAGCUGCGGGCAGAGGUUGGCGAGGACCGACGCGGGGUAGUCAGACGGCGGCGGUCCUCGGAGGCGUCAGCGCGAGUCUGAGCCGCUCCCCGCCGGCCGCAGCCACCACCACCGCCCUGUCGUCUCGCUCCGGCCUUCUGCGGCCCUCGAUGCGGUACCGGGCCGCUGCGUGAUGGGGCUGCGAAGCGCCACCCUGCGGCUCGUGGCGGCCGCUGCUCGCACUGAGGAGCGUCGGUGCCCGCCCCCCCGUGCCCCCGCGCACCGCGGCGCCUGCUGACCGGGUGCACCCGCCUGUGGGUCCGCAGCGCGGCUGAGGGAACUUGAACAUAACUUCAAAAGAAGAUUUGAUUCUUUAUUUCUGGACUGCAUAUACAUAGCAAGACCAUCAGAAUGUCGGGAGCCUCAGUGAAGGUGGCUGUCCGCGUGAGGCCCUUCAAUUCUCGAGAGACCAGCAAAGAGUCCAAGUGCAUCAUCCAGAUGCAAGGCAACUCCACCAGUAUUGUUAACCCAAAGAACCCAAAGGAAGCUCCAAAGUCCUUCAGCUUCGACUACUCCUACUGGUCUCACACCUCGCCCGAAGAUCCCUGUUUUGCAUCUCAAAACCGUGUAUACAAUGACAUUGGGAAAGAAAUGCUCUUACAUGCCUUUGAGGGCUAUAAUGUCUGUAUUUUUGCCUAUGGGCAGACUGGUGCUGGGAAAUCUUACACAAUGAUGGGUAAACAGGAAGAAAGCCAAGCUGGCAUCAUUCCACAGUUAUGUGAAGAACUAUUUGAGAAAAUCAAUGACAACUGUAAUGAAGAAAUGUCUUAUUCUGUAGAGGUGAGCUACAUGGAAAUUUACUGUGAAAGAGUACGAGAUUUGCUGAAUCCAAAAAACAAGGGUAAUUUGCGUGUGCGUGAACACCCACUUCUUGGCCCAUAUGUGGAGGACCUGUCAAAGUUGGCGGUCACUUCCUACACAGACAUUGCCGACCUCAUGGAUGCUGGGAACAAAGCCAGGACUGUGGCAGCUACCAACAUGAAUGAAACAAGUAGUCGUUCCCACGCUGUGUUUACAAUUGUUUUCACCCAGAAGAAACAUGAUGCUGAGACCAACCUUUCCACUGAGAAGGUCAGUAAAAUCAGUUUGGUGGAUCUAGCGGGGAGUGAACGAGCUGAUUCAACUGGUGCCAAAGGGACGCGAUUAAAGGAAGGAGCAAAUAUUAAUAAGUCUCUUACAACUCUGGGCAAAGUCAUUUCAGCCUUGGCAGAGGUGGAUAACUGCACCAGCAAGAGUAAGAAGAAGAAGAAAACUGAUUUUAUUCCCUACAGGGAUUCUGUACUUACUUGGCUCCUUAGAGAAAAUCUAGGUGGCAAUUCUCGGACUGCAAUGGUUGCUGCUCUGAGCCCAGCAGAUAUCAACUAUGAUGAAACUUUGAGCACUCUGAGAUAUGCAGAUCGUGCAAAACAAAUUAAAUGCAAUGCCGUUAUCAAUGAGGAUCCCAAUGCCAAGCUUGUCCGGGAAUUAAAGGAAGAGGUGACACGGCUGAAGGACCUUCUUCGUGCUCAGGGACUGGGGGAUAUCAUAGAUAUUGAUCCAUUGAUCGAUGAUUACUCUGGAAGUGGAGGCAAAUAUCUGAAAGAUUUUCAGAACAAUAAGCAUAGGUACUUGCUAGCCUCUGAGAAUCAACGCCCUGGCAAUUUUUCCACAGCAUCCAUGGGGUCCCUUACUUCAUCUCCAUCUUCCUGCUCACUCAAUAGUCAGGUGGGCUUAACAUCUGUGAGCAGUAUUCAGGAGCGGAUCAUGUCUACACCUGGAGGAGAGGAAGCCAUUGAACGUCUGAAGGAAUCAGAGAAGAUCAUUGCUGAGCUGAAUGAAACCUGGGAAGAGAAGCUGCGUAAAACAGAGGCUAUCAGAAUGGAGAGAGAGGCCUUGUUGGCUGAGAUGGGAGUAGCCAUUCGGGAAGAUGGAGGAACCCUGGGGGUUUUCUCACCUAAAAAGACCCCACAUCUUGUUAACCUCAAUGAGGACCCACUGAUGUCCGAAUGCCUGCUUUAUUACAUCAAAGAUGGAAUUACAAGGGUUGGCCAGGCAGAUGCCGAGCGGCGCCAGGACAUCGUGCUGAGUGGGGCGCACAUUAAAGAAGAGCAUUGUGUCUUCCGGAGCGAGAGGAACAACAGUGGGGACGUUAUCGUGAUGCUGGAGCCCUGUGAACGUUCAGAAACCUACGUAAAUGGCAAGAGGGUGGCCCAGCCUGUUCAGCUGCGCUCAGGAAACCGUAUCAUCAUGGGUAAAAACCACGUGUUUCGUUUUAACCACCCGGAGCAAGCACGGGCUGAGCGGGAGAAGACCCCUUCUGCUGAGACCCCCUCUGAGCCUGUGGACUGGACGUUUGCCCAGAGAGAGCUUCUGGAAAAACAAGGAAUUGAUAUGAAACAGGAGAUGGAGAAAAGGCUGCAGGAAAUGGAGAUCCUAUACAAAAAGGAGAAGGAGGAAGCAGAUCUUCUCUUGGAGCAGCAGAGACUGGACUAUGAGAGUAAGUUGCAGGCCUUGCAGAAGCAGGUCGAGACUCGAUCCCUAGCUGCAGAAACAACUGAAGAGGAAGAAGAGGAAGAAGAAGCUCCUUGGACACAGCACGAAUUUGAGCUGGCCCAGUGGGCCUUCCGGAAAUGGAAGUCGCACCAGUUUACUUCUUUAAGGGACUUGCUCUGGGGCAAUGCCGUUUACCUGAAGGAGGCCAAUGCCAUCAGUGUGGAAUUGAAGAAGAAGGUGCAGUUUCAGUUUGUUCUGCUGACUGACACGUUGUACUCCCCUUUACCUCCUGAAUUACUUCCCACUGAGAUGGAAAAAACUCAGGAAGACAGGCCUUUCCCUCGGACGGUGGUGGCGGUAGAAGUCCAGGAUCUGAAGAAUGGCGCAACACAUUAUUGGUCUCUGGAGAAACUCAAACAGAGGCUGGAUUUGAUGCGAGAGAUGUAUGACAGGGCAGGUGAGAUGGCCUCCAGUGCCCAAGAUGAAAGCGAAACCACCAUGACUGGCAGCGAUCCGUUUUAUGAUCGGUUCCAUUGGUUCAAACUUGUAGGAAGCUCCCCCAUUUUCCAUGGCUGUGUGAAUGAGCGCCUUGCCGACCGCACACCCUCCCCCACUUUUUCCACGGCCGAUUCCGACAUCACUGAGCUGGCUGACGAGCAGCAAGAUGAGAUGGAGGAUUUUGAUGACGAGGCGUUCGUGGAUGACACCGGCUCUGACGCGGGCACGGAGGAGGGAUCAGACCUCUUCAGUGACGGGCAUGACCCGUUUUACGACCGAUCCCCAUGGUUCAUUUUAGUGGGAAGGGCAUUCGUUUACCUGAGCAACCUGCUGUACCCGGUGCCCCUGAUUCACAGGGUGGCCAUCGUCAGUGAGAAGGGAGAAGUGCGGGGAUUUCUGCGAGUGGCUGUACAGGCCAUUGCAGCGGAUGAAGAAGCUCCUGAUUAUGGCUCUGGAAUUCGACAGUCAGGAACAGCUAAAAUAUCUUUUGAUAACGAGUACUUCAAUCAGAGUGACUUUUCAUCAGUUGCAAUGACUCGUUCUGGUUUGUCUUUGGAAGAGCUGAGGAUUGUGGAAGGUCAGGGUCAGAGUUCAGAGGUCAUCACUCCUCCAGAAGAAAUCCAUCGAAUGAAUGACUUGGAUUUGAAGUCCGGCACUUUGCUGGAUGGGAAGAUGGUAAUGGAAGGCUUCUCCGAAGAGAUUGGCCACCACCUGAAACUGGGCAGCGCCUUCACUUUCCGCGUCACAGUGCUGCAGGCCAGUGGGAUCCUCCCAGAGUAUGCAGAUAUCUUCUGUCAGUUCAACUUUUUGCAUCGCCAUGAUGAAGCAUUCUCCACGGAACCCCUCAAAAACAACGGCAGAGGAAGUCCUCUGGGCUUUUAUCAUGUGCAGAAUAUUGCAGUGGAGGUCACUGAAUCAUUUGUGGAAUAUAUCAAAACCAAGCCGAUAGUAUUUGAAGUCUUUGGGCAUUAUCAGCAGCACCCACUUCACCUGCAAGGACAGGAGCUGAACAGCCCGCCGCAGCCGUCUCGACGAUUCUUCCCUCCGCCCAUGCCACUCUCCAAGCCAGUUCCAGCCACCAAGUUAAACACCAUGAGCAAAACCAGCCUUGGCCAGAGUGUGAGCAAGUACGAUCUGCUGGUCUGGUUUGAGAUCAGUGAACUGGAGCCUACAGGAGAGUACAUCCCCUCUGUGGUUGACCAUACAGCAGGCUUGCCCUGCCAGGGCACAUUUCUGCUUCACCAGGGCAUCCAGCGGAGGAUCACUGUGACCAUCAUCCACGAGAAGGGCAGCGAGCUCCACUGGAAGGAUGUCCGUGAGCUGGUGGUAGGCCGGAUUAGGAAUAAAGCCGAGGUAGACGAAGCUGCUGUUGACGCCAUCCUCUCCCUAAAUAUCAUCUCUGCCAAGUACCUGAAGUCGUCGCACAACUCCAGCAGGACUUUCUACCGUUUCGAGGCCGUGUGGGACAGCUCCCUCCACAACUCCCUCCUAUUGAAUCGAGUGACACCGUAUGGGGAAAAGAUUUACAUGACCUUGUCGGCCUACCUAGAGCUGGAUCAUUGCAUCCAGCCGGCUGUCAUCACCAAGGACGUGUGCAUGGUCUUCUAUUCCCGGGAUGCCAAGAUCUCGCCGCCACGCUCUCUGCGCAGCCUCUUUGGCAGCGGCUACUCGAAAUCACCAGACUCCAAUCGAGUCACUGGAAUUUAUGAACUCAGUUUAUGCAAAAUGGCAGAUACAGGUAGUCCAGGCAUGCAGAGGAGAAGAAGGAAAAUCUUGGACACAUCAGUGGCGUAUGUGCGGGGAGAAGAGAACUUGGCCGGCUGGCGGCCCCGCGGCGACAGCCUCAUCCUUGAGCACCAGUGGGAAUUAGAGAAGCUGGAGCUCCUCCACGAGGUGGAGAAAACGCGCCACUUCCUGCUGCUGCGUGAGCGACUUGGUGACAGCAUCCCCAAAUCCGUGAGCGACUCGUUGUCCCCCAGCCUGAGCAGCGGGACCCUCAGCACCUCUACCAGCAUCUCCUCUCAGAUCUCAACCACCACCUUUGAAAGUGCCAUCACACCCAGUGAGAGCAGUGGCUACGAUUCCACGGACAUUGAAAGCCUGGUGGACCGAGAGAAAGAGCUGGCCACCAAGUGCCUGCGACUUCUCACCCACACGUUCAACCGAGAAUUCAGCCAGGUGCACGGCAGCAUCAGUGACUGCAAGUUGUCUGAUAUCUCUCCAAUUGGACGGGAUCCGUCCGUGUCCAGUUUCAGCAGCGCCACCCUUACUCCGUCCUCCACCUGCCCCUCUCUGGUAGAUUCCAGGAGCAACUCUGUGGAUCAGAAGACCCCAGAAGCCAAUUCCCGGGCCUCUAGUCCCUGCCAAGAAUUUGAACAGUUUCAGAUUAUCCCACCUGUGGAAACACCCUAUUUGGCCCGAGCGGGGAAAAAUGAAUUUCUCAAUCUUGUUCCAGAUAUUGAAGAAAUUAGACCAGGCUCCGUGGUUUCUAAGAAAGGAUACCUGCAUUUCAAGGAGCCGCUUGCCAGCAACUGGGCUAAACAUUUCGUUGUGGUCCGUCGCCCAUAUGUCUUCAUCUAUAACAGUGACAAGGACCCAGUGGAACGCGGCAUCAUUAACCUGUCCACAGCGCAGGUGGAGUACAGCGAGGACCAGCAGGCCAUGGUGAAGAUGUCUAACACCUUUGCUGUCUGCACAAAGCACCGGGGGGUCCUUUUGCAGGCUCUCAACGACAAAGACAUGAACGACUGGUUAUAUGCCUUUAACCCACUCCUUGCGGGCACAAUACGGUCGAAGCUCUCCCGCAGAUGCCCGAGCCAGCCGAAGUACUGAUUGCGCUGGGUGCCCGCACUCGCCUUCCAGAGAUAAAGAAAGUGUUACCUCUCAUUCCUCUUUGUGAUUCUUGGCGGUUACUCUUGUAUGUAAUCCUGUGGCUUAACUACUUUCCCUCCUUGUCCAGCACCUUUUCUAGCGCCCGUCCCCCAUCUCCAUUGCUCUGUACUCUUUUUCUUUUUUCCUGUGCUAAGAAUCUUGUUAGUAGCAUGUGGCCUAACAAAAGGGAAAAAAAAACAAAAAAACAAAAACCCAGAGGGGAUCCAGUGAAUCUCCAAGUUAUUUUUUGGUGUAUUUUGGCUUCCUUUUGUAUGAUAGGUCCCCAUUUUGACCACCUCUGAUGUCUGUACUGCUGUCUCUGGAUAUCUUUGUCUUUUUGUCAAGACAACAUAGUACUUUUUUUCUUUUCUCUAUUUGUGAUACCACUUUAAUUUUUCUUGGGUGGCUUAGAGACAAAGGGAGAAGACAUCUGGCUUUUUUAGACCCUGAGAGGACAAAACUUACCCUUUUCCCUUCUGUCACUCUUUUCCAUCAUUAAUCCCUGCAUUUUCCAUUCAGGGAAAAGGUUGUGGCGAGCCUAGCAAUGGGACAGGUAUAUUCUAUGAAAUUGGGGCUUAUUUAGAACAUUGUGAAGCAGUUUUCACGUAGUGGAAGAGAAGAGGACAGGACCUUUUAGCAGGCCUGAGACAGUGACCUUGGAAGAAGGGAAGAACCAGGGAUACUGCUGGCGGCUUUCAAAGGACCACGGAAUUUGGUGGUGGGCCUGGUGGUGGGACGGGAAGGCCCCUGAUCAGAGGAUGUUUGUAGCUGCUCACAGCAGGAUUCCUGGGAACCUUCUUUCCCAGUUGGGAGGAGCCUCUUGUCAGAGGUUCAGUUUGCACUUAGUGCCAUGUCGUACACAGAUGUCCCACCAGGGUGCAGUGUUUUGCUUUCUGAUGAGGAACUUGAUGGUCAUUGCCCUUAUGAGUACCGUAAUGCUGAGUGAUGACCUUGUGAUUGUUGUAGCUCCCUUUGAUCAAAGAAAUAGAGCUUUCAAGGAUAGACUUGGGAGUCUCCUGUGAAUCCAGUGGUCACUUUCAGUAAUCCUUGUCAAAUUGAAAAUACUUUCAAUGAUGCCUGUCCCCUGUUCUGAUAAAUAAGAAAGCAUGGCAGGCUUUGCUUUCUGGAUCCCAAGAUUAUAACCAACCCACUCCCACCACUAAAAACAAAACAGAGAACAUCUGGGGGCAGAGAAGAGGGUCCUCCUGAGCCCUGGCCUCAGUGCUUUGUUGCCGGCAUCCGAGUGGCCUCUCCUUGGGUGUGGAAACACUGCCAGAGGAGAAAGGAGGAAGCUCAUUGCUGCUCGUCUCCUCUGACAGAACAGGGUCGGCUGCUUCCAGAGGCCGUCGUGGAAGAUACUCUUUUUCUUUCAGCUGCCAGUAAGCUUUACAGGAAUAACAUGGAGGAAAGGUUACUUGAGUGGCUUUGCCAGUUGGCUUGGGGUUGUCUUCCCUUGCUCAAACCUCUCUGACCAUCCGUCAGGCAUUCAGGAAGGUCUCACUUUGUGGAGACAGGGCGCUCGGCCUGGAGAUGGCUGACCCUUGGGGGCUGGGAGACUGGAUGACUUUGCUUCGGGCAGCAAAGGGCACGGCCGUGCACCCUGCAGGGUGGGUGCUGAGAAGGCUCAUCAUUAGCCAGGCCCUUACUUCUGAUCCCUGUUCGGGCUCAUCUCCGAGAAAGGGGCCCAGCUUCACUCAGUUUGUUGAAUUGCAAAGAGAAGGAAAAGUAAGUCAUGGAGAGCUUAGUAAAAGAAAGGAUAGAAAUCAUAGGCUGUGAUGUCACCUGAAAAGUGAUCAGUAAAAAACACUAGUACAUUUUUUUUAACUUUCUUCUUCUCCUUAAAACACAGGUCACUAACUGUAACGUUACUGAUUUUCUAAGCGAUAUGUGAGGUCUUUAAUGUGGUUCGAGGUGUCUUCAUUGUCUAAUGGACACUACGUGCCCUCUGGUGUAUACUCAAUUCUAGGAUCCGUCGGGGCUUAGAGACAGCUUCCUGGACGGGAAUUAAAUCCAAUUUCAGGGAAAUGAAAAUGAAAUUUGAAGGUUACUUUUAGAAUUAAAUCAUGGAUGCUGCUGCUGCUGUUACGAAGUCUGGUAGAAGGGUCCACGUCUGUGAUACAGGGAGGUGGGGACGCCUGAGGGAGAGGAGAUCAUGUGGUACACUGAAAUGACUUUUGUUUUUCCUUCUAACUCACACACCACCGGCUUGGAAAGUCUUUGCUUUGGAGGUGUCAGACAUUAGAACAGGCUGACCUGGACUCGGGCAGGCGUGCUUUCUCCCAUCGGAGGGGCCUCUGCUGUGACUGAUAGGUACAGACGGCCCUUUUGGGACCCCCUCUUUCUCUAGGGUCCCAUCUUCAGGUUGGAGUUUGGAACAGUUUCAAGGUUGAUGUUCCCUCUCCGGACAGGUUCACUCCCAUUUUGAAGCUCUGAGAGAGGAUUUAUGAUGGGAACUAUUUAUGAGGCGUUAGCUGACGCCAUUGUGGCAGGAAGGUUGGGGAAUGAACUGCAGCUUUAAGGAAACCACCUUUUGAGGGGUUGUUUAUGUUUUUCUAAAGCACUCUCUUAAGCAAACAAAACAAAAUAAAAGGGAAGAAAGAAAACUUGUGCACGAAUUAAGGAGAAGUGAGUGCUGGUUUAAUCAUCUCCUCCCCUCCUUCCCCAUCCUCCAUCCUCCUGCCAAAGCGAAAUACGGCCUCCCAGCCCACACCAGUGCUCAGCCGCUCCCUGCCCCUGCCCCUGCGCCUGCGCCUGGCCGGGAGUCGGUCAGCUCUCAGGCCGGGCUGUGUGGGGCCAGCCAGCCCCUGCACACCGCCAGGACCGGGGAAGGGCUGCUUCUGGCAGCUGGGUGGGCACAUGAAUUCCAGCACAUUGUUAGAACAUGGUGACGGUGAGGAAAACCAGUUAUUUUAUAUAUAUAUAUAUUUUUUUUUUUUCCUCCUUCAGCUCUGUAGCACUUAUAUAGAUACUCAUAUCUUUGAUGGAUUUCUCCCCACUCUUUUAAGGUGAAGAAAUUAAAUCAUUGGUAAAGGUGUUCUGAGAUCUAAAAAUGACUUCUCCUGGCACAUAUUUCAAAGCAAAGACUUUGUUGCCUGCUGCUUGUUCUCUAAUUUACAGGGAUAUUUAAUUUUGUAAGGUAGUUGUAUAUUUAUACAGGUGUAAUUAAUUGCACAUUGGACUGGAAAAGAAAGGAUGACCGAGCGUGUGGCACCCAUUGGCACUCGGCAUUCCCUCAAGCUGUGUUCCACUCGGGUUCUCCUGGACAGAAUCAGGGCUUGUUUGUUCGUUCAUUUGACUCGGGUCCUUCGUUUUUCCUUCUGGUUCCCUUUUUCAAAUGUGAUUGUUAACCUGCUCCUUAAAAAGAAUUCUAAUUCUGCUGCUGCUCUCAGAAGGUGUGCUGAAUGUAUUUUAAAUAGGACUCUAACUCGUGUGCACUGCAGCCGCCCACCGUGGCCAGCCAGUCACUCACCCGGGCGUGGGCAAACCCUUACUGUCGGAGCUGGGAAGGUAUUGAUAUGUUUGUUUCCUUAGCAAAUUGCAAUGUCAGCUGAGAGAUUAUCUGCUCUCGUUGUUCAAAAGGCCAUUUAUGAAAUUCGUAUUUGAGCCCCAUAAAAUCUUGGGAAAGCCUCUGGUCGUUUAAAGGAAGAAAUUAAGAGUUGAUGCAAAUUUCAUGUUAAAAAUUCACAGCUACAUAGCUGUGCUCAGAUGGAAAGUCUGAGUGGUGGUUGGUCUCCUGCCAAACCCUGGCUGUCUUGUGGUGUUUUCAUGUCUUCGAGUUCAUUUUUUUCAUGCUGCAUAUUCGGGCAUCAGUUCGCCUGAGGAUUCCAUCAGCCUUCUCACGUUGAAGGCAUUGUCUCAGACUUUGUGGCUCUCAAGUACUUGUCCGUUGAGAUUUCAAGUCUCCUGUCACCAUCCUCGUGCACUACAACAAAACCCGUGAAGCAUAAGUGGCCUUUUUGAACCAAGACUUUGCAAACUGAUCUCUCCCCAGUGAAGGAGUUGAGCACAUUAGCAACAAUGUACAUUAUUAAUUUCAGAUUUUCAUUUUCAUGUUUUAUUAUGUAAAUAUCUGAUGUUUGGAGCUUGAGUAUACAGAAUGUAAAUACAGUUCUCGUAUUUGUACUAAUUCUGGUUCUUUUGCUGUAUAGCCUUAGAUGUGCAAUGCAGACAUUAUCUAACUGUGUAUGGUAACCUUGCAUCACGAAACUAUUAGUGAACGAGGUAAAAUAAUAAAGGUACAACCAGUC